AUGUUUUACAAAUGCAAGAUUUGUGAUAAGUCGUUUACGAGGAAACAGGGUUGAAGUUUUUAUAUGAGAAUCCAUACAGGAGAUAAACCCUACGUAUGUAAAACAUGUAAUAAACGUUUCGCUUAUAAGAGCAAUUUAAAUUCUCAUCUCAGAACCCACACGGGAGAAAAGCCAUACAAAUGUAAAACAUGUAAUAGAUGUUUUGCGCAAUGGAGCACUCUGCAAUAUCAUCUCAGAAUCCACACAGGAGAAAAAUCAUACAAAUGUGAAACAUGUAAUAAAUGUUUUGUUCAAAAGUUCUAUUUGAAUAUUCAUAUCCGAACCCAUACAGGAGAAAAACCAUAUAAAUGCAUAACAUGUAAUAAAUGUUUCUCUUACUCGAGCAAUUGGAAUCGACAUCUCAGAACCCACACGGGAGAAAAACCCUACAAAUGCAAUACAUGUAAUAAAUGCUUUGCUCGAAAGUCCUAUUUGAAUACUCAUAUCCAAACCCAUACAGGAGAAAAACCAUAUAAAUGCAUAACAUGCAAUAAAUUUUUUUCUCACUCGAGCAGUUUGAGUCGACAUCUCAGAAUUCACACAGAAGAAAGAUCAUACAAAUGUGAAACAUGUAAUAAAUGUUUUUCUAGUUCUAGACUUCACAAUCGUCAUCUGAGUAUCCACAGGUGAGAAAAACCCUAAGACUGCAGAAUAUGUAAUAAACGUUUUGAGGACAGACUCUGUUUAACUCAUCAUCAAAAAUUCUACAGUGGAGAAACCCUUCGAAUGUAAAUUAUGUAAUUAAUUUUUUCUUGAAGAAAGGAUAUUAGAUUGUAAUUUCAGAAGACAUUUGAGGAAGACGCUACACAGGUAUUAAAUACCCAUCAAAAAUUCCUCCCCUGGAAUGAAAGUAAGUAACAAUACAACGACUUAUUCGAAUCUAUUUUCCAGGGAUUAUGUUAGCAGCAAUCGUCGUUUCGAAGAACAAAAUCAUUUAAUUCAGAACCUUUUUACUCAUUCUGAAUACAGACCAUCGAUUUUGUUUUGUGUGCAAUAUUCAAUAUCAAAGUGAUGCUUAACUGGAUGCUCAUCGUAUAAUGCACGAUCUAUAUCCAUUUAAUUGCAUUGUUUUCAAGUGUUCUGCAGCCAUAAAGCUUUAGAAGAACACAAAAUAAUACACAAUUCAUUAGACAAUCCGUCUUACCAUUGCAAUAAAUGCACUGUAACAUUUGCUUGGGAAAAUGAUUAUGAAGUUCAUCUUGAAUAUAAUAUGAAUUUUGUUUAAAAAUUUCGACUGAAAAUUUGCCUACAAGAAUUUU